AUGCCAGACUUAUUCGACAACUUUUUCGGACGCAUCGCGACUUCCAUGAACGGAGGGAAAAGUAAGCCUCGUUACGGCGGCUCUUCUAUGGUCAAUUCAGGUCCAUUCUAUAGUUAUCACAGUUCCAGCACAAACAACAACUAUUGGUUGCCC